AUGGAGUUUCCUGAACUUGGUGAGAAUUGUGCCCUGCCAACGUGCAGAACCCUUGGUACGUGUACGUUUUGCUAUGACCCACACUUGUAUGCAUGUUGCCAUACAUGGUGUUACAACCAUGGGCUCCGGUAAAAAAAAAUAGGCUAUGGCAGUUUUUACCACUAGUCUUAACUGCACUUAAGAUUGUAAAUUGAAAAGCCCUUUUGAUUUUAAUAUUUCGACGUAAUAGCGCACUGUCAUUAUUAUCCGCAUUGUGUGUGAGAUGCAUUAUGAGUGAUUGAUUUACCCUCUAUAGAUAGUGUUGCUCUCCCCUAGUAGCAAGAGUAUAUCGAGGCGAUAUACGUCAAUAGCGUUUUCCUCGAUCGUCGAUUCCUGCGCCCCUCCACGCUACCGCGGUAGCCCGGUUGCUAAGUCAAGGGGCUUUGAUAGUCACCCGGCCUACGUUAUCCCUGGCAUUCCACAUAUUGCCAUGAUUUUCAUGGCAGCGGUCGCACUGAUGAUAAGUUCCCGAGCUCUCAGACACUUUGUCUAAGUUUUCUUGAUAAUUUUCACUUGGGUCAAGUAAAUAAUAAAGUCUCCUAAAAAUUAUGUUCGACUUUAGUUAGGCUAAUGCGAAUUUGAAUUGAAAUUUAGUCAAACUUUCUCCAACAUUAUAAUACGUUAACCUACCUUCUCGCGCAAUUUAUUUCUCUCUUAACAGCCUAUGUACAUUAUUUAAAUAGUUUAAGAACGUAGGACGGUGUAGUAGACACUCCAGAAUGUUUAGUAAAUUUGUGACAGUGACGUAUCAUACGUCACCUUAGUACUAUAAACUAUCAAAAAAUAGUGACUAUCUCAAAUUAACCCAGAAAACAAUGCGCCUGAAGAAGGCUGAGUGCAGAGGAAUCCCAAUUCACUCGGAUGUCCUAGAAAGCCCAAUGCUCUUCGAAAUAAAUCAUUAUCACUGAAGCUUGCGGGUUAGACAAUUUCUAUUAUCCUAACCGACGCAUUGCGCAUUUCGAAGCUUUGCAGUGCUCGUUGUCUAACUUAAUAGCAAAACUUCCUAUUGCAAACGACAUAUCCAUUAAACGUCUUCGUAGAUGUAGUACCCUGCGAUCAGGUUCUCAUUGUUCUGUUUAAUACUUCGGGAUUAUUUAAUUUAAUUUCCGAUAGUUACUUUUUUGCCAUCACUUCUUAACAACAUAACCAACUUAUUUAUCAUUCUCCAGGUCUUCCAUACAGCUGAGUAUUCAAAUUGGCCACGUGGGUGUUACUUUCUUUGAGCGCGUACUAUUUAAUUUCAAUCGUGCGUAGAACAUUUUUCCGCCCCUUCAGAAUAAAAAGGGGUAGCCUGACAAGGUCGUAGUUAACACGAAAAAAAUUGGUCACCACUCCCUUGUCAGCUGAAUGCAUUUAAAUCCCUAAAGGAAAGCUCACGCUCUUCAUUGUUUAGCCGUACUGUUGUCUAAAACGUGUUUAAUUCUUGACCGGAAUUUUACGUCUUUGUCGCUAAUAUUCCUUCUUCAUCCCUUCCCAAUGUUACCGGUGUCAUUUACUUACCACUUUAUCGACGGUCAUGUUAAUAAUUUGCAUUUGUUGCACUUUUACGUUAUUUCGGUGUUGUGCAUUACCUUCGAUCGAAACUCAUUGCGCAUUAACGCGUUCCACUUGAUCACUAUCAUCCUUCUAACAGAUUUGUGUCAAUAUGUGAUAACGUCCUUUGCUGCGCUACUGUUAUUUGUAGAAUUGAAACGAAAUUUCGGCUGUGGUUUUUGGUUACUUCCCUCAUCAUGGUAAGAAUACUGUAGCUUUAUGAUUCCCGAUGUUACGGAUAGACAAGUAAAUCUAAAAAGAUAAUUGUCUUUAUCUACGAGCCGUGUGUAUACCUUUUUCAGUCGAGGUCCAUAGAGGGUAGCGUGUAGCGGCAUUUGACUUUUAGAGGAAGCAACUUAUGUGGUCCAUCUUACGCUCCAGCUAAUUUAUGGUGUUAUGAGCGUUUGCUAUAUCACCGUUAGACUGGUCCGAUCACCCUGGUAGUCAUCUGGUGGAUUCUAGGUGAAUUACUUAGGAAAUCCUGCUUGGGCAGUCAACUUACUAUAUCAGAUUUGGUGGAUUCCAGACGUUGCAGUAGGUUGGGCGAGUAAACUUGACCCAAAUGUGAUUAAACUCGAGUCGUCCGGCGGGGCCUCGUAGCUCAAGUGGUUAGAGCAUUGGCUGUACUAAAGCCUUUCCCUUACUGCGUGGGUUCGAAUCCCACCGAGGCGCCGAGUUUUUCACAGUUGGGUCAAUAGGAAUUAUUCAAAAUCUGUCAAAAUACCUAUGAACUCAUAUACUUAACCUUAUAGGCUAUGAGCUGUUGUACCUUAAAGCUAGUCCCAACCGGCAAAAGCUCUGCAUUGUCAUCCUCUGACUUGUUCCGUAAAUCCUUAAACGCAAUCGAUUCCCCGAUAACCCGCCUCAGACCCGAUUUAUGGUGAUGGGUGGUGGUAUAAUCCGCAAUGUAUAAUGUUUCCUAAGGCUAACUCUGGUAGUCGAAUAACUCACGUAUCUUAAGGCGUUGAUUGCGGGCUAGAGUCGAACCACUGAUCACCGGCGCUUGUGCACUGCCAUUACUUGACGAGGGUUUGUUGGUCAUCACUCCUCACUUUGUCAUACUUUUGAGUUGUCCCACCGUAUUUCUUUCGUGGGUCUCGCCUUUGCAUUUUGCAUUUCCGUAAAACUAUACAGAAGAUUAAACGGAGAGUAUGCCAGACCUUUGUUAAAUAACUGCCCUACGUAUUUGAGGCAGUUUCUGGACGCAGAUGUCUCUUCACGUGGAAUUUUUGGAUUAAUGGUGCCGGUGUUCCACUGUUCGACCUAGCUCCGAUCGAAUCUACAUCGGCAAUGCGGUCAGCCGCAAGUAAUUUUUCAAGUGCCUCUUCACCCACUGACUAACAUCCCUGUCAUUUUCCGCUCCGAUUUGGGGGUGCAGUAAGUCGAACUCCCUGUCCAGUGAUAGCGUGUAAUGUUCAAAUGAGGAAACAGAUAGAUUUGGCGGGAUUUUAUCUCUAGAGCAUCUUUAACCAUGUGAUCAGAAGUUCGUCUGGUUGGAUGGCCGGCAUGCUAGUCGAAUAGUCGUCAAUCACUUGUCCGCAGUCAGCAGCAAUCCCCUGCGGUGUUAUUGACAUAACCUGUUGCGUCAGAACGUAAGACGCCUCAAGCACAAGUGCGUAAAAUGAAGUAAUCGUAUGAAUUAAAGAUUGCACACACAUGACAAGUCAGGAAUAAGGGACCAUCGCCUCAUCUGCUCAGCUGGCGGACGUGGCUACUACACCUUAGAGACGGAACACUUGGUACACCGAUUCUGGGAACCAGGGGUUGGACUCAACCUCGCAGCAAGUUUUCUCAUUGUGCGAGCUCCCUAUCAACCAUGCACUGCCGUAACUAGUCUCCUUGUCCGAGGUAAGGGUCACGACAAGCUACUGAAAGCUAGGGUUCCUAAUAUCCGGUAUGGGACUCGCAAUAAGCGCCGAGUUUAUCUUGUGGUUGAUGGCAUAAAUUCGGGCCAAAUGUUUAUCGCCAAUGGUAGUUUAGUUUCACUUGAUUUGACCGACUACUAACCAAACCUUUAUCUUCACCCCCUUGAAUUUACGUUAACUCCUCAUUCAAACGUCUGUAGACUUCCUGCCCGUUCGGUGUUCCGGCUGCCGCAAAGUAUUCUGCAAGGAUCACUACUGCUACGACUGUCACUCUUGCCCGGCUAUUGGGAGUCUAGAGCGCCAAGUUCCCAUAUGCCCCCUGUGCGGCGUCCCAGUUCCCACAGGUCCCCACGAAUCUGCAGACAUCAAGGUUGGCCAGCACAUUGACACCGCAUGCAAGUCUAAACCCGCAUUGGCCCUCAAGGGCAAGGUUGGUUUAUGCCCCGUCUUCCAAAUUUCCACAUUCAUAAUUAACUAACGCUUGUUUAUUGUAGGUUGACUUUCGAGGCGUUCGUCGCGUCUAUUUUAUUGGGAGUUCAAAUUACUAUGUUCGGAACUUGAGAUCUGGCGCAGCUAAGGCUGUAGUGACUGCACAAACUGGUGUUUUUUAGACUUUCCAGUUAGUUAGUCUGGACAAACGUAUCUUCCGAACUGUUCGUUACCAACGCACAAACAUGUGAUUUGUUAGGACGGGGAUGGGCGGUUUGGGGAAACAGCAGGGGAUAAAAGAGCAGGAGGUGAGAAGUGCAGGUUCUGUAUUUCAUUCAACGCGUUCCUAGUUGUUCUGGACGUUCUUUCUCAGUUCAUAAAUUUGGCAUACAUCCCUUCACAUGCCCGACGAGGGACCGGUUUCUGUGCCAACCCUAAAACUUCCCAGUGGUUGCUAGUUUACGCAUUUGGUAAACACUUACUGCCUAAGAUGUGCGUGCGACUCCAUCGAGUUUGGAUUGUCUCGGGAAACACUUUCCCACAUCUGGUAAAGAAGAAAUGUUUGUAUUUGGAAAGUGCUUCUUCUUCUCUCUGGGUCAGUCAGAAGUGCGCAGUGAGUAUUAAUUUAUGCUCGACACUAUUAGCAAUUUCGAUUCCUUGGGCCGAGCACCUUUUAUUGACAUCGCCCUUCUUUGGCAAUUAAUCCAUAAUUUCCUUGAACAUGUGUCAAUAGUGUAACUGCGUUCUUUGGUGUUUUCAAAUUAUGAUUGGCGCAUUGUAACUCGUAGCAUAUUUCAUUUCAAGGGAAUGGCUUUCCAUUUUUUCAUAGUAGAUAAGCAAUAUAACCACGUGUCUACUCGCGAAAAUUACGUUCGUACCUGUGAUUAUGAUGCGAUUUUGUACCGACGACAGGAAAACCAUAGUUCAGCUGUUAACUUCAUAUUGCCAGAACAUAAAUGCAAAGGUUUGAACUUACCUAAAUUUUUAAAGGAUACUGUAGAUAAGACAACUUUGGUCAUCGUAAAUCGCUCAGAACUCAUAAAGUACGGCUUCUGGAAGCCAGCUGCUCAUUUGGUUGCUGUGAUCGUUCUAGACUUUUGUUAUGGAGGACGGAGACACAGUGGUGUCCCGAUCCAAAGUGAAGGGAAAAUGCGCCCACGCCGUCUGCGCAGUGCACGCGUUUGUUGCGUGAUCGAACGAGCGUUAUACCUUUGCUCACUCAUGCAAGGUGGAACAUUCGCGACUCUUCCACGAGGAGGUUAUAGCGCACGAAACAGCCAAUCAACUGCAAGCACGCGAGAGUUCAGAAUGUUCUGAAACUGUUAAGUCGAAUAAUUUUGAUUCUAGAUUGGUUGUUUAGGGAAUCCUUCUUUGGCAAUCGUCCUGCUAUAUCAAAAUUGGUGGAUUCCAUGCGUUUUAGUCAAUCACGCGGGCAACCCGCACAAAUGUGAUUGAACGCACACCUCCCGGUCGGGGCCCUAGAACUCAGAUGGCCAGGGUGUUGGCUGUACACAAGUCUUGCACUUGUUGUCGUGAGCUCAAACCCCACCUAGGCCGCCGAGUUUUUCACAGUUGUGUCUGAGAUGACUUCUGGCCCAUUUUACGUCGUGUUAGUCAGGCUAACAGAGAAAAGGGGGUGUCACCGGAACUCACCUUUCUCAUCCACCUGUCGAUGCAGAACAACCCUCUUCAUUAGAAUGUACUUUUACUACUGGCAUUCGUAACGUGCGUUUCCACCUCUCGUACGAUUUGCCUUUGUUAUGCUUUUAUGAAUUACAGUAAGUGUGCUAACUCAUGAAAUAUUAACCGAAAUUCAGAAAUGGGUUUUCGUUUCGAAAAGAUUAAUUAAGUAGGGUUGUACAACUAACCAUCAUGCAGCAUUAUCCUAUAAUAAUUCAGUUAUUUCAGAAAGCCGGCUUGCGAACGAAUUUUUUUCCGGCUGAAUGCAAAAACUGGGCUCUGUAAAAAUGAAUAGCUAAGUACCAUGAAUUUUUUCACUGAUUUUAGAUGUCCUUAAAAAAUCAUGGAAAACAUGCAUAAAAGUAUUCUUUCUUUUGCUCAUUCGGUAGAGAAUUACGUCAUCCAAUUUUAUGUUGGAAGGAAGGGUAUAAUUGGGUUUUCAAUAACUUCCAAUUCCCGAAUAUUUUUUAACUCGACCUGCCGUUGCACUUGUAUUCAGGGUUUCCGAACUACAAGCCGUAUAUUUUCAGCGUACGGAAAACCAUACAUUUUUCUACGUUAUUAAGAGCAGACCAUAUAGGGAUCAUAAAAUUUAGCAGUGGAUUUAAGCCAUAUUAGUAAACGCAGAGACAUGACGUUUUACGGACGGGCAUUUCACGGUCUUGAAAAAUCUCAUAAUUAGGAACUUUUUUAAAACCCAAUUAUACCCUUCCUUCGAGUAUAAAAUUGGAAGAAGACGUAAUUCCCUACCGAAUGAGCAAAAGCAUGAAUAUUUUUAUGCCUAUUUUCCAUGAAAUAUAAUUGCCCUCACUCUAAAUCCUAACCACAAACCGUAACUCGGAACCCUGACGCUAACUUACAAAUACGAACCCUAACACUAAAUCCCUAGUCGUAAUUUUAAACCCUAACACUAAACAGAAACCCACGUACUGGAGUCGAUAUUAGUACGAAAUUCGUAGGCAGUUCACUAGGAAAUGCCUAGAUGGGGCCGCGUUUUAGGCCUCCGCCAACGUUUUCUUCUGACAUAGUACGUAGUCGUCAAAGGGAGACGAUGUGUUCUUCUAUUUUCCGCUUUCAUUACUACCAUAUUCGACACCAAGUCUUUGAUUUCCUCCCCCUGUCUUUGAUUCUGUGCGUUGUGCGAACUUCUGUGGUUAUGCGCCCGUUUGUGGGUCUUUGACAGAUGACACCUCUGACAGAGACAGCUCGAGUCGAGCGAACAUGACCAGACGGCGUCUCCCACACCCCGGUUAUGGCUCGUUACUUUCUUCCAAUUUCAGAUAUUCGUGAACACCUGCUCUGUACCACGAUGCAAGAAAAAGGAGUUGGUUCCUUUUCGCUGUGAAAGAUGCCAUCUGAACUUUUGUGUCAGCCAUCGUAACGAAAUGGAUCACAACUGUCAGGGUCCGCAGGCCAACUCUGGCGGUCGACGCAUGUCUGCUGCUGGAAUCGCUGCCAUAAAGCGUGCCCUAUGGAAUAAGCCACCAAACGUAAGGCGUUUCCGAGGUGUAAACAUGUUUUUGCCACCGUUUGCGCUAUCCUCGUCAGAAGAUCAAGUGCCAAACUCUCCGCUAAUUACAAUUCCGCCCAAAACUGUAAAGCCCAGGUCUACAUAGUUUAGAUUCCUUGCGAGGACUGGGUCGAACUCAAUAUUAUAUUGCUCAUUUUAGCAUGCUAUAUGACAGUUCAACCAUCGAUUUCGACUAUGUCCACCGUGUGCUCUACAGCAGGGUGGGAGCAGGGACGCUGACUUGCGCGUGAUUUGGUUUAUGGUGACAGAAGACUUGCGCAGCAUCUUUCGCACCCUCUCCUCCCCCCUACCCGGGUCCUUUGUCAAGACGGAGUCAAGACCGGUGGUGAGGGAGGCGCUGGUGGCUGGCACGACAAAAUUUCGCACUUCGGCGUACCCCUCACGCCUCUGGUCCAUAACGCAUACUGAACAGGAUUUUACACAAGAGGAAGGGGCGGCUCGGAUUCCACGGAGUGGAAAUGCCAUAGAGGCCACAUUUAAAGGAAGCCAUUGCAGCCUGACUCUCGAUCAACCAGUCCGCCACUCCACACGAACACUGGGCUGACUGCGAGGUCCGAGUUCCCUUGCCAGUUGGUAACCUCCCUAGCCACGGCGCCUAGCGCAACGUCAUAGUCUCAGACUCAGAUCAUGCAUACAUAAUAUGAUACUAUAUGGUGGAAGCCAUACAAACAACUUGUACUCAACGCCGCAGUCAUAUUUUAGUUUUUGAUCCGGUUCAAUCACCUGCUGGCCUGGUAUUCCGAUGACGAGAUGACCGCUGCAUAGAUUAUUGAAGGUUUCGAAGGUAAACGCUGGGCAAGAGGCAAUGGCUCGAGCUGCCCUGCUCCACGCAUAGCAGUUUUGAUAUUAAGCGCCAACUGGGAAAAGAUAAUUAAAGGUUGGAUCACAGACUGUAGGACACUGCUUCGUGUUCCCGUUUACAAGUGCCGGCUAAACUACUGCUGGGAUAAAACUUUGCAAGGGCAAGUAAAUGUGUUAGCGGUUUGGUCUUGAAUGCGUCUUCGUCAGUCUUAAUUACAGACUAUCGAUUCAGAUGCGUACACAGUGGGUGAUCUCACUCGCGAAACACUAGCUGAAGUUCUGAAAUAGUACUUCGGUUAGGAGGAAUUACUUAAACGGGGCUUCAGUGCUGAUUAGUGUGCAAGAGGACCCAUGGUGUUUCGUACAUACCGGGCUGUUGACGUUGGACUGCGCGUCUGUGCGGCCACCUGCGAGAGUCAAAUUCAUCAGAAAAGGGAUACUCGAUCAGUAUGAUUCUCCCCGUUGAUCUUUGACUUCUUUAGAAAUCCAAGUACCUUUCAUGGAAAGUAUGCAUGAGAGCGUCUUCUGUAGUAACCUAUUUUGUAGUAACCUGCGCCUUUUUAGAAUUAUCCACUUGAAGAGAGGUUACCGAUCUGUUUAGGAGAACUUUGUAAUUAGGAGCAGUUUUGAGCCUGUGAAAUGUUUAUCAACGUACAUCCUAUCCUCACAUCUACGGACGCUUGUUUUGGCGCAUACAACGUGCACCAUAUCUAUUGUCAAUUUUUGGACGCCAAAUGGUAACUUCGUAAUAGCAUAGAGAAUAGAUGGCUGAAAGUACACAGCGUGUAAUUUGGAAACCUUAAACGCUAGUGUAACAGCAGGUACAGUUCAAAAUUAUUCGGAAAUAGGUAAACUUUCUUAAAAGAUCAAUAAAUACCCUUUCUUUAAAUGGAAACUUCGAAAAGAAGACGUAUUUUGCUCGAAAAGGAAUAUGAAAAGGGAUUUUUGUGCAUAUUUUCUGCAAAGUGUGUUGGCAUUAAUGAGGACAAUAAGAAUUAAUGGGGAAAACAAAUACCACUUAAGUAAAUAUUUUCCAAUGAGUGGUUUUGGUAAGUAAUCGGAAAGACGUCAUGGGAUUAUGCUGCAUGCCAAUCAGCAUUACAAUUCCACUUAAGUAGUUCCUAUUAAGCAAAAUCAUGUACUAUUGUUUCAGUUAACAUUUAGUUAUUUAGGUCACCUAUUGUGGAUCUUUUUAGGCCACUCUUACCCGACGCUAUUAGGAAUUCACCCUUUAACCUUAGCUGAGUCCUGCGCUUUUGUCACUUUACCUUGUUUACCAUUCAGUGUCCUGGACGUUACAUCGCCUUGGCAAAUAGAAAUCAACAAGUUGUCUAAGAGAGAGCAACGGAUUUGCAAUCCAAACCGACUCACUAAGGACUUUGAUCCUCUUAAGAAGCAGUUGAUCCAUUAGGACAAGUACGUCACCGUCUGCACAACAUUACGUCAAAAAGUGCCGGAGGCCUAGUGUUUGGGAUAUAGUGGGUGUUUUGCUUAAGGCCAUUAACACGACUGAAGAGGUUGCACUUAAAUAAAGUGGGUACACUGCACUUAGUACGAUUGCGAUUGUACCCGAUCUAACCGCUAUCUCAAAGACACACUUAUGUUAGCGCGCUAACAGCGGGUUGGAGCACUAUAGCACACUGACUGUCAAGGGGAUUGAACGUCUUUGUUUCCUUGACGUUGGGAUUUUUCUUGAACAAAGUAAGCUACGGAAUAAGACGACAGUCAGAAAACUAACUGCAAGAAUGGGGGGCUCUCUCUUGCUUGUAAAAGAGGUCAACAAAGCUGCCGUUUGGGUAUUACAGCCGUAUUUGAAUGAACAUACACUUUGACACUGAGUAGUGUAAUCGAGGAACUCAUCCCUACCGGCUUAUUUUGGCGGUUGCUCCAGUCUGCUACUACCAGUACUACUAUGACCGCGGAAACUGCAGACAUUUCUGUACCGAACGUCGACUGUUAACACGGAGAGCAAACUCUGACUCUUGUAUAGUAACUCGCACGUGUACUUUUACACUUCGAAUUGCGCAAAUUGCGUCUUGUCUAAACUGUAUGCUUGGAGGAAGGGUAUUUUUUGGUUUCAAUAAACCUCAACCCCCGAAUAAUUUUGAAUCCAACCUGCCGUUGGACUUGCAUCCAGGGUAUUCAAAAUACGAGCUGGAUAUUUUUCGCGUAGGGAGAAUCAUACAUUUCUUUACGCUACUGAAAAGACGUCACAUAGGGCUUAUAGGUUUUGUAAUGGAUGUGGACCAUGCUGUGUACCUCAUAGACAGCGUUCCUAAAUGGACAGAUAUGAGCCUUUCUCAAUGGACAUUUCACGUUCUUAAGAAACCUCAUAAUUAGAAGCUUUUUAAAUCGAGAAAUACUCUUUCCUCAAGCAUAAAAUUUCACGUAGGCGUAAUUUGCUAUCACAUUAGUACAGGCAAGAAUAUUCUUGUCAAUGUUUCCUGUGAAAUAUAUUUGAAUUCAUAGGAACAUCGGAAAUCGAUUGAAGAGACUCGUACUGCUGAAGUAGUCGUUUCAACCAGAGCGUUGUCCUUGCAGGUGGCCUAAAAGAAGCUUAUGCAAAAGCCAGUACCCGGACGUGCCUGAAAUGUCUUGGGAGUAUGGUGCACGGUUAUUAAUAUUACAACCCUACUUAAGCAGUCUUUUCGAAUCAAAACACACUUCGGAUGUCGGCGGACAUUUCAUGAGGUAGCACAUCUACUAUACCUGUAGUUGGCGCAGCUGUGAUCGUGCCUGCUCUACCCGGCGUUGGUGGUGUUGCAGAUUAUAUCUGUCCACGCAACGGGUCUUGAUAUCCCAACCCAUUCUCUCAUCUAGCGACGAAGGCCAAAUACCGAAGGUCCAAGGUUUACUUUCAUGUCUUGACGAACUGUGUCGAGCCAGCUUUUGAGUUGGCCUCCUCUUCGAUUCCGCCAGAUGGGCAACAACACCGGAUCGAGGGUAGUAGCACUAAAUUCAUGAGUUGAAUGACGAAGAAGGUGCCCAUACUACCCCAGCCGUCUUCCUUGGACGAGCCCAAAUAUUCUUGCGAUUUUGUGGCAGCGAUUGCGGAUUAUUUUAAUAGACGAAGUCGGUGCACCUCACCCGAUGGAUGGUCCUUAGGCAGCGGAGGUCAAAUACCUCCAGUCUUUGCUCAUCUUCCACGCGCAAAGCCUAUCACUCACGACUGUGGGGGAGGACUGAUCGGACGGAUGCAUAGUACACGUGGAUCUUCGUGGCGAUGGAAAUGCCCCGUAGAGUCCAUGAGCACUUCGCGCGGACUGUGGAAAUCUUGCCUGCCGAAUCGAUUCGGGAAACAAUGUCCUUACUCUGUCCAUGCGGCAGUAGGCUCUCCCGAGGUAUUUGAAAUUAUAUCCUUCAAGUCGACAACCAUUGACCUCGAGGUGUGCCUUCUGGUGAGGGAUGCAGUUUAAAGUACUUUGGGCUUCCCAGCGUUAAUGAGUAAACCGAUCAAGUUAGUGACCUCAUCCACUUGUAACACUACAGCCUGUGGAUCACCACGGCUGGAGACCAGCGGUUGAGUAUCGUCAGCGUAGUCGAAAUCAGUCAGCCGGCGUCCGCGUGCAACUCAACAUUAAAGCUUUUCUGGGCCUUUAGGAGAAUCCAGUCAAUGGCAUGGUUGAAGAUAAUGGUCGACAGGAUACAACCUUGUGGAACGCCUGAUCGGACGCCGAACUGUUGGGGAGGAUUUUUAUUGACUAGAACUCAAGCAGUGGAGUAGCGGUAGUAGGCCCUGAUCAUGGCAAACAUCUUUGUGAAAAUAACGAUCGGUCCCAUUAUGAGAAUGCUAUUACCGACAAAGACGAAAAUGACCAUUUCUGGCUUAUUAGCCGUCGUCAGCCGAUCACGCCCAACCCCGAGGUGUGGAACACCAGGGGCUCGAUCCCGUGAGCGCCCCUCUACCGGUCACGUUAUCCGCCACAUAGAUUCACGAUGAACGGAAUCGAGCGCUGCGACGAAGUCAACAAAGCCGACGGCCGUCGGUUUUUGGCAGUCAUGGCAGAAUUCCGGAAUUCGCCGCAGUGCGCGUUUCUGGUUGCUUCUAACUUGGAAUCCGGCUUGGUUGGGUUUUGUCCCAGAUUCACGCGCACUCUGUAAUCGCCUGAUAAUGACCGUGCCAGAAACACUUGCAUCAACGUCAAUGAUGCUUGUGCGGCGGUCGUUUUUGCACUGUCUUCCAUCCCUUCUUGAAGACAGCCACAAGGCCGCUCGAGCCGCAGUCAUCAGGAACGAUCCCAUCUCCCCGCGCUUGCCCAAUCGCUUCAUAAAGCCAGGUUGCUAGAACGUCGACACAGAAUUUGUAGAUUUCAAUGAGGAUAUCGUCAUUACCGGCCGCCGUUGUGUGCCGACUCUGUAUUGCAUCGGCGAUUUCUUCCUGAUAGGGCGAGGAUCAGUCCAUACUGUAUAUGCUGGAGAGGGAUGAGACUGCCAUAGAGGAGGACGAGGGCGUUGUGGGUUUCUCGUCGAAGUCGAAAAGAUGCUCGAAGUUCACAUGCCGGCGCUCGACUUUGGCCGAGUUGUGAGCAAUAAAACCGCCAUUCGCCUCGCUAACCGAGUCACUUAAUGCAGAGAGUUUAUCAAUAAGUUGGUGGAUAAUAUGGUUGAGUUUCCGAGUGCCACUGGUGUUUAAGGGCUGCUCCAUGGAGGUCGCUAUUUUAGUCCAAUUGUGCUUGUGGUGAUUCCUAGCCGAUUUUUCCAUCAUUUUCCAGAGUUGGUGAGGGGAGUCAUCGUUGCGGAACCUGGCUCAAGUCGUCUGAACAGACAACUGUAAGGUUUUCCGCGGAUGCAGUUACUGCGGCUACACUGGGUGAAUCGCAGCAGCUUCGCAAACUAAUAAUUUCUAUCGUGAUCUGGGUCGUAAAACGCGACCGCAUUUCUGUGUUCAGGGCCUCGGCGGUGCUGGGUUGUUGUAAUUUUGCCACAUCAAGGCGUCUUGCACGUGACAUUUUGGAUGCGGAUGAAAGGUGAACUUUCGGCCUGUGCGACUCAUGGACGUUACCAUUUUCGGCACUACGCAUCCAUCUUAUGUCGUGAGUUCAGCUGCAGAACCUUGAACCAUCCUAGGCCACGGUAGUUCUGCAGCCAAGGCAGUUACCGUUUUGUGCGGCUUUCAGGUGCCACUUCAGUCAACCGCAACGUCCACCGUUAUUCACUCUUGCGCCAGUAACUGGAUGGGAACUAAGCCAGGAGAGCUGCAUUGAUGUCCCUAGAGUCCGCCAAAGACGCCCUGACAUGUAUCCCCUCUUCCGAGUAAGCUAAUAGAUAAUCAGUCAGCGUUACAACUUCCACCAACCGACGUGGACGUUUCGUACAGUCAAACCACUGCCGCUCUACCUCAGGUCGAACACUGGCCUAAGUAUUUCGACUGUCUUCUAAACUUUGGCAACCAGCUCAACGCCACCUCAAUCCACCUGGGUGUUGGACACCACCCUCCUCCAUUGUAUGCACUGUCAUGUGACCCCUACUCAAGAGGAAAUCGUCGUUACGCGACAACAAGACUCCAGGUGAGGAUGGCAUCCCCGCACUUUGGUACCUUGGGUUUAUAAGGUGAUUGUACGGGCAUAGGGAAAAUAAGGCCUUCCCGAUGAUCGCAGCUUGGCCAUCUUUAAGCCUGUCUUUGAAAAGUGCGAGAGUUACUGCAGCGUAACUUGUAGGUAUUAAACUGUGCACGAAUGCAAGAUGAGAUCCAACUUGGUCAGGUUACAAGGCGGAAGGAGGUGCCCCAGCCAUGUACUUCUGCUGCGGCGAGAUUGUGUCCUGCCACUCUUCUUCAUUUGACUACGUUAAUGACUGGAAUAGCUCCACGUGGUUGUGAUGGUCUUGAAUCUGCACCAGGAUGCCACCUGAUUGACAACAACUACGCCGACGAUACCGCCUUGCUAGCGACAAGCUAUGAUGACCCGUAGAAUGUGGUGUCUCGGGGUUGUCAGUGCUAGGUUUCACACGUUGAAGACAGGUAAAGACUGGAGACGAUUGAGCACCGUUGCCUGAGAACGGUCCUUCGGGCGGGGUACGCUUACGUAGUUUUUGAUAAGACAAUCUGUGCUGCCCGAAGCAACGUCCUGAAGACAUAUCGUCAUCGAAGCAAGAUUACUGGAGUGGUUUACCAUGUACCUUACCGGCGCCCUAUGAGUUCAGUCUGCUGUACUUAACCUAACGUCAAUGCCCAGAUGGAAGCGGUGAAGACGGAGUCAGCCCAAAAUCCUGAUUCGGCACAGCCCAUCAAGACAUGAGAUGUUCCGCAAACCUAGGCCCCCAGCCCUUGUUGCAGAGGGGUCGAGUUGGACUCUCCAGAUCAGCUAUCGCGUAGGAAGAGCUAUAAUCCCUGACAUCUUCUGACUGGGUCAGACCUGAUAACAAUCGUACGCAUUAAACGUAUAAAAAACCCCCGUUCGGGCGCCCGCUGCAACGUACUAGUUUUCCAGUUUGUCCACAAAGAUCUGAAUUAAGUGAACGUACGCUGCGUUGUUUGGGAUAAUGACUCAGGAAUCCGUCACAGAAUACUCCACAUGAAUACCAGCCUAGACUGCUGGUUUCUCUGAAGUACCCUUGUUUCUUCUUGCGUCUGCUUACGGCCACAAGAACGAGGCAAAUGGGGCGCGCAUGCAAGACUCGUCCCUAUCAAAAUAUUUAUCUUUAGCUAGAAUUGCCUACUUCUUUGUCAUGGCCAGAGAAAGAGGUCAUGCCCUUAUCCACUGUGUUCGGAUGACCUGCUUCGUGUUAGUUGGACCUGGUCGCAGCUGAAUUCCCACACCUUGCCACGCCCCCUAUCUGUCGACAUAUGGCACACCUAUAUUAUGCAGUAUAAUCUGGAAAAGUCUCUACAUAUGUAAUCCACCGCAUCUCAACGUCCAUUUAAGGAAUUAGAAAAACCACCUCAUGGAAAUGGGCAUGUAACUGCGCAUGUUUUUCAAAAGGCCACUAUGAUGUUGCAGAUAACUAUCCAGAAACCGGAGUAUGUGACCAUUCUAACAAACUGCGCACUUUUCACAAUGUGAAUACAAAUUGCUGAACAUUAAUAAGGCCGGAGUACUGGUGGGCAAGACAACUUUUUCUCCAUCACGCCACGUGAUAGUGAUAUGGUGCCAAUGGCUGCAUUUUUAAGUCCGAAGACUAAUUUCCUCGUUGGUGAAGUUCGUUCAUAGAUUUUUAAUUUCUAUCAGUGUCAACUGGGUACCCGGAGUGCGCUGAGUUGGUUUCAAUAAACCCUAAACCGAAAGUUUAAGGGGCAUUCGAAGCACCUGAAGACAUCUACGUGGGCAAUAAGUUGCGCGUUUUGGGCGGGAUAUUCUAUCAUAACAAGUGUGUCGUCCUUUUAGACGGCAGAAGACACGAAGCUUACUCUACUGACCAAAAAUCCAGUUCCCGUAGUUUUUGCUCUCGUUUGUGGGGCCGGGAGAGUUAUUCACCAUUUACAUCAAAGGACUUCGAAGGAUCGGUUGCAAGAAGAAUUUACGCGUGGUUUACUUGCAUGUCAGAUGUAGAACCAUCCAUGAACAGUUAUUUUUUGCAGCUGCCCGAAGCCUGAGUUUGCCGUCAUAACCGUAGGAGAAUGCAUAAUAGGGCUGUCCGUCGCAAGAGACGAUGGGAGGGGGGCAUUAGUGAAGUACACGUAGGAUUGCGCUCUGUCUACUCACUCUCCCACCUACCAUGUCAUAGUGGUAAGACAAAGUUGGGAUGCUCGGAGGAACACUAUACCCAAACUGAUCCCUAUCUCUACCAGAACCUGUCUUCUAUUUAAGGUCUCAAAUCUCACAUACUGGCGACAUUAAGGGUGGAGCUAUUUCAGCAUGAUCCCUUAACCUGCCUCCCUGGAGUGCAUAACGGGUUGCUGAGCCCCAUAUGGAAUACGUUUGUGUGACCGGCCUCUAAUCCAGACUUGACUGUUUUGUGUGUGACCGUGGAGAAGGUCUGCAAGGUCUCCAACAGCAAUACUUGAGUACUUGUGAAAUUUAUCAACUGAGAUUGCGAUUCAGUUCGGUUUGCUCUGUGUUUCUGUCACUUUCCCUCACAUAAAAAGCCUCUGUUUCAAAGUUCCGAAAAUGUUUUACCUAAGUGGUGGAUCACGGGUAAAUGUGGUUGUUUUUUGCCAACAGAGUCACAAAUCGAAUUGUUUCAUGUCGUACCCUGUGCAACACCUGGGUCAAAUAAGCUUAACAUUGUCGAAAUGCUGGUUCUUCUGACAUAAAUUUCCGUAGAAAUUGUCUGUUUUAAAUAAUAAUUAAAAGUUUCGUGUAUUGAACUGUUCUGACGGGGUGUCUUAGUCUUGUACGAAGUUUGCCAGGUGUUUUCUUAACCGUCCCAACCUUCGUCACUAGCUCACUUGCUUUACUCACCUCCGAGUCAUUUUGCUUUUCGGGCCUCCUUUGUCCAAGUCGACCUCGAUGGGCAAAGGUGAGGUGAAAAAACGGCCAACUUUCAUCCUCGAUUUGCGCACUUGGCAUCUCGCAGUGCACUUGUACUAUGCAGUCCUGGUCGCAAAACUAGGUUACUUGCUCGGAAACGGUCGGUGACCGAUAUCCCUGCACCGCCAACUAGGUUACUAAAACGGCCUAAAACCGGUCCACCUUUAUCAUGGAAAGCAGCUCAAUCAAAUUUAUCGGGUACUAUUGGUUUUCCCGUGAAGAGAUCUGGCUGUUUUAGUCUUCAUGAACUACGCUUAGGCCCCUUUGUUUAUGAGGCACUUAAACGUGCUUAGAUAGGCGUAGCCCGUCAAAGUUACAAGCUGAAAUUCGAUCUCUUGCAGAACAACUCCGCCGCAGUGGCUGUAAAUGGGCCGCCUCGGAUGUCGGAGGCGACGACUGAUCGGGCUCUUCAGGAGGAGGAGGACAGACAGUUGGCACUGGCUCUGGCAGCUUCCCUCGCAGCCGAAGAGGCGGAGGCAGCCGCCCGCAGACGGCGCUCCGCGCAGCAGCUUGCAUCCUCGUCCGAACAGAACCACUGUGCUCUCUCCUAA